UUAAAAGUAAGGGAUGCCAAACAACCCGUCAUCACGAAUGCUUUGUGUUUUGAACGUGCGAGUGUGUGUGUGUGAGUGGAUAAAAUGGCGAUGUGAAAUUUUUUCCAACUUUUCUCACCAAAAAAGCCACAAUUUUCGUUUUCCUUGCCUUCGUGCUGCACAUCCACAUGCGUGUGGGCAUCCCUUGUGUCGUGUGGUGUACAUUUGGCGUGCGUGAAAUGUGAUUUGGGGCAUUCUUGUGGGUGUUUCACCAAACGAACACUUGACUUGGCCCUAAAAGUGCACAGAGGGAGUUUUUUUUCUGUGUGUGCUGUGCUACCUACCUACCUCUGUGCAUUCCGUGAGGGAGGAGUCGCCCCAACAAAAAAAAAUUAAAACGAUUUUUACGCACUUUUGGGGGCGCUUGUGGGCACAUUAAGUUUACUUGAGCCGUGCGGGGGAGUGGCGAGGUGUGUGCCAUGUUUGAGCGCAAGCGAAGAAAAUUCGGCCUAGCGCCGCCGUGACGUGCGGAGCGCCCCAAAAAAGCCCGCUCCCGUCGUUGUGCUGCAAGAAGAAAAUAAAAGGACACCUCGGUGUGUGAUGUGCUUUACAAUGCCAACUGAACCCAGGGACAGACUCGGGGAUAGGAUGGUUAUUUGUGUGAUUGUUAUCCUAUCGGUUACAAUGGGGGGCUGUGUGGCCCUCGUGGAGACAUCAAAUACGGUGCCAUCGCCAGCAAAUGAUGGCAUUUUCAUGGAUCCGAUUGGGAACCUCGAGCAGAACAUUGCAGCCGUGUUCAGCAAGGUGGCCUACGGAUCCACAACGACUAAACGCAGUAUUCCGGACUCGGUGGCCAUACCGAGUCUCACCACAGUUCCCAGUCCACUUCUUACUACAUUUAGAUAUCGUGAGCGAGAGAGAGACAAUGGUCAUGACGUAGAUGGUGACCAAGUGAUAAACCAGAGUGCAUACGACCUGGAGCUCGAGAAGGAUCACGCACUGCCAACGUCAGCCCCAAAUGCUGACAUACUUAAGAGCAACAGUAAUCCAACGUACCCGAAUCCUAAUCGGCACCACAACCAGGAUCGUCAUAGGUUGCAAUCGCUACCCAAUUCGACUGAAUUCGCGCGCAAGGGCCCAACGAUGCCCAUGUUCCCCGGAGAUAUGCCCUCAUAUGCGCCACCUUCGCGUUCCUUCUUCACUCCGCCCCUACCGCCGGAGUAUCAGAAUCCAUUUGCCGAUAAACCCACCCUGAGGGGAACAAAUAGCGAUCUGGGUGUUAUUCAUGCAAGUGGUGGCUUUCACAGGCGCCCCAUUCCACCGCCAAGUUUAGUUCCUGGCUACGAAAGGAUCCCCUAUCGACCACCUGAUCUUGUCCCAGCGCGUCCUGAGGAUGAAAUGGUGGGUGCGCCAAAACCCAAGGAGGAGAUGCAUAUGUAUGAAAUUGUCCGGAAGAAAGCACUCAAUACGCCAUCAAUUAAAACGCAAGAUACGGGAUUUGUUAAUGUCACCGAAGCUGGCCCGGGAACGAAUGCACCAGCCGUUGGUACGGGAGUUUUGCAUUUUCCCAGCAUUUCGCGCAUUCUUUCCGGCUCCAAUGGGCGUAAGGAGGAUAUUCCGGAUAUUUUACUGCGAACGGUAACCGUGCGACCGGCAAUGGCACCCAAAAGUCCCACUGUUACAGCUGUAACGCACUACCAGGGGAUGAAUCUCAAUAAGAAUCGUGAUGAAGAGCCAGAAACUUCAACAGAAGCACAAGAACAAAGGGAACCAGUAUCUCAACCUAAGAUUAAGGAACCCAAAACAACGACACCCUUUGUGACAGAUGAUGAUACAUACUCAACGCACAGAAUUCAGAAACUUGUGAAUAGUGAUGCAACCCCAACAACAACACUCACCCCAUCUGUACCACCCGUCCUCAGUGCCGAUAGGCAAUCAGCUCUUGUCACGUGGACAAUUGCGUGGAAUAUUCAUGUGUAUUUAUCAGCAAUCCUAUAUACAAUUCUAGCUGUAUAUAGCAUCUUCAAGAUGAUCUUCUAUGAUAAGCUGACGCAUCUCUUUUCCCAAACGUACUUUAUUACCAUCCACAUGAUACUCAUUGGGAUUUGCCUGGCACGCAUUUUCUACCUCUGCUACGAUGCGUACAACAUGCAUUCAUCCUUUACGGCCUUUGUGUCUGAAUUGCUGCUCAAUUUGCCCGCUCUCAUGCUUGCAUUGACUUUUGCCACCUUAAUUCUCUUCCUUUUGCUGCGGAGUCUCAAUCAUAAGGCCAAUAGGUAUUCUGCCCUACUGCGCCCAUUGACAAUUGCUGUGGGUGGUGGUGUACACAUUGGACUCUGUGUUACAUUGCACUACGUUGAGAGUUAUGGGGUGCGGGCAAAGGUGGCCUAUGAUAGACCACCACCACGUGUUCUUUCACUAAUUUGCCAGAUAAUUUUCAUCUUUGUGUGCUUAAGCCUUGGCACAUUCUACCUCUAUAUCUAUCGGGUGCUGAAGCGGGUGCUACGAAGUAAAAGUCAGAAUUAUAUUCAUGGCUAUCAGAAUCUCUCUUAUGCCAUUCACAUUACAAUUGCCACUGCACUACUAUUUGUUCUCAUGGCAGCUCUACAGGUUUACGGUGCAGUGAGUAUUUCGGCAACACAGGAUUUGGAUUGGCUACAGUGGGGCUAUCAAUUCUCCCUGCGCCUCAUUGAGAUUGCCAUUGUAUCGCUAAUUUCGUGGGUGGGAUGCCUCAAGACGGGACAAGCAAAGGUGCAACGUGAGAAAGCUGUUGAGCAGCACAUAUCGGGCUUUGCACUCUUCCCAUGUACAUCGAGUUCAAGUCAGGAGCACUUUGAGACAGAUUACCCAGCUGUUUGUAAUGCCAAUACGAAUCUCCACACGUACACCCUACGCACAGGGAAGCCAAUUUACGAUGAUAAUUUCACAGUGAAUCCCAUCGAGGCAAAAGCAACGGCGGCCCCGGAUGAUCUACACUGUGGUAGUGCUCAAGGGAAGGAGACUGAGAGUGUACAUUCAGCUGACCCAGCAGAUCACUAUGAGAAUCCCAAUUUUGAAUUGACUGGCAGCGCCAGUGUGGGGGGUGGUGUAGGUGGUGGACGGAAGGAGGAAAUGUUUGAUGUUUGCUACUCAGAACCGAUGCAGUAUGAUUUUCAGAAUUUAGAACGACCCACAUUUGAGCGUCCAUCGUCACGCAAUGAAUUUCGUGCUUCGAAGAAUCUCAAGGCACUCAAGGGGGCAACGGAACGGAGGCACUUUAACCCGUACAAUUCAUUCGAUCGACGCGCCCCUGAGGAUUCCUUGGCGGCGGGUGUGCGUAAAAGUGGGACAUUGGGUAAUAUUGGGCACUACCAUGUGAAUCAGGGGAGACGAUGUGAGGCCCCCGGGCGUUUGGCGGGUGUGCAAACAAUUCAGCAACAACGGCCCCGAUAUGCGGGAAGGUACUUACAGCGUCCGCAGGAGGUACAGGUGGCACAGGAUAAGUCGACAAGCGCAAAUAGUAGCGAUGAUAGUGUCAAUAGUGGGUCAAUGCUAGUGGCGGAGGCGGGAUUUGUGCGUUUCAGGGCACUCGAUGAACUCGAGCAGCAGGGUGUGGUGAGGGAUAAAAGGCUCCUCCAGUCAUAGUACCGGCGCCACAUUCCCAGUCCUUCAACGUUGUCUCUCACGUAGCGCUCCCUCCCCUAUCAUACAUCUGCACCUCACACACACACACAGACAACUAUUUAUAGACAUUUAAAUAAAGUAAAAAAAAAGCUAGCAUAAGUUUUAGGUGAGAAUCUCAAAUAAAAUUGACAUUACUUUACAAUUAUACAUAAAGAAAAAUAAUUAACAAUUAAAUGAACAUUGCGUCAA